ACCAUGAGCUUUCUCACGAGGCAGGAGGAGCCCAUCCCCAACUACACAUGCCAGCAUGGCUCUCCUCAGGCUGCUCUGGUUGGGGACACACGGUCAUCCCUGUCUGUCUCCAUGGCCAGACUUCUGGGGCUGUACAAGUUUCCCCAGGUGAGUUGGUCAAGCCUUCUUUCUUCAGGAAUUGUUGCAGAAAUGGUGUCUGUGUCUCCCGUAGACAUGAAGAGAUGUCUCCUGUGCCCCAAGGAGCAGUACUCGAGCCACACCAGAGACCGCUGCCUGCCCAGGACAGAGAUCUUCCUGGCCUUUGAGGAACCUCUGGGAUUCGUGCUGGCUUUGGUGGCACUCUUCCUGGCUGGUCUGGCUGUCCUAGUUCUGGGAGUGUUCCUGAAGCACAGAGACACCCCCGUGGUGAGGGCCAACAACAGAACCCUCAGCUACUUCCUGCUGAUCUCUCUUUCCCUCUGUGCCCUGUGCACCUUGCUGUUCCUUGGCCGCCCCAGUGUCCCCACGUGCCUCCUGCGUCAGACGACCUUUGCUGUGGUGUUCACGGUGGCUGUCUCCUCUGUUCUGGCCAAGACUCUUACAGUGGUCCUGGCCUUCAGGGUCACCAGGCCGGGGGGCAGGAUCCAGGUGUGCCUGAGCCCUGGGGCUUCCACCUCGGUGGUCCUCAUUGCUUCCUUCAUGCAGGUUGUUCUUUGUGGGGUUUGGCUGGCCACCUCCCCACCAUUCCCAGACAGGGAUAUGGUCUCGGAGCCCCAACACAUUGUCAUCCAGUGCCAGGAGGGUUCUGGCACCAUCUUCUUCUGUGUGCUAGGCUACUUGGGGUUUCUGGCGGGGGGUACCUUCUCUGUGGCUUUUCUGGCCAGGGGCCUACCAGAUGUCUUCAAUGAGACUAAGUUCCUGGCCUUCAGCAUGCUGCUCUUCUGCAGUGUCUGGACAGCGUUCCUGCCCCUGUACCACAGUGCCCGGGGUAAGUCUAUGGUGGCUGUAGAAAUCUUCUCCAUCCUGGCCUCCACUGCUGGCCUUCUGGGUGGCAUCUUCAUCCCCAAGUGCUACAUCAUCUUACUGAGACCAGAGAGAAACACAGCUGCCUGGCUAAGGCAAGGCCACCAGGCACAGCAGUAUAGGCAGAGUGAGAUGCUCCAGAGAAGGUGUUUCUCUAGAUCUACAUCACUCUCCUUGAUGAUCUAG